AUGAUCCGACGACCUUGUCCAACUCCAUCGCCUCAUUCCAUCAGAUACGCGCGCGCCGAGACGCAUUCCAUCAAGCAAAACCGAGGCGCAUCUGCGUCUUCCAUCUCAGGACCCUUGCGCAUCUACGAGGCGGAGCCCCCGUGCAGCGACAGCGACUUCGCGCCGUGCGGUCGCAACCACGCUCGCGACUGGCCGUUGGAGAUACCGCGCAUUCGCACACCCUCCCCUGAGCGCACCACAAACGGCGCCCGACACCGUCUCUCCCCGACACCAGCGCAUGCAUCGCCGUUGAUCCUGUUAGCUGGCGACCGAAGAUGGCAGGCGCGUCGGAAGGGCGCAAAGGCAAGUCGCCCCGAUGACGAAGGCACCAUCAACGUCGCAUCCAAGAAGGCAUCCAAGGACAAGCCAAAUGGCCUCAUCAAACUGAAGAAGACGCCCCCGACGCAAACAAAGCCCGGAAACUGGAGGGAGGGCAGCGUCGCCGACCUUGGAAAGAAGAAGAAGCAGCGAAGCGAAAGCCCCUCGGCCGUCCUCGGCGCCUCGUCCCCCGGCCCCAUCGUCAACCCCCUCGACGAGAACUCCAGAGAAACCUUCGUGACCGGCAGACCUCUCGAUGACCCCAUCCCGCUUCAACAAUGCAAGCACUGCAAGAAAGGCAUCCUUAAGAAUGCUGCCAAGCAACACAUCGCCCAGUGUCUGAAGAUUAAGAAGGAGAAGGCACAGCGCAAGAAGGAGGCGCGGGAGGCUAGAGAGCGAGCCAAGGAGGAGGCUCGGCAAGAGGAAGCCCGCAAAAACGACCCGGACGGAGACACGCAGAUGAACGACGACAGCGAUGACGACGAAGACGACAAGAAAGGCGCCGCCGGCAAGGCGACCAAGAAGGUCGGGGGCAAGAAGCCCGACGGCGAGGCCAAGGGCAAGAAGCGCAAAGCGGACGGUGACGCGGACAAGGGACCCAAGAGCAAGAAGAAGAAGGAAGAGCCGAAGCCCAAGGUCCCCAAACCCAAAGGCCCCGUGGACGUCGAAAAGCAGUGCGGUGUCAUACUACCCAACGGGCAGCCGUGUGCCCGUUCACUCACCUGCAAGAGCCACUCGAUGGGUGCGAAGCGCGCCGUCCCUGGCCGUUCUCUGCCCUAUGACAUGCUACUUGCGGCCUAUCAGAAGAAGAAUCAGGCAAAACAGCAGAAGGCCGCACUGGAUGCGAACGCACCACUGGAGGACGAGGACGAGGCAAACGCAGCGCCCGUCGAUUCCGACGAGGAGACGGCCGCAGUCAUGAGCGCACUCGCCCGUUGGAACCCCCAACCGGUCUUGCCACAACCCGUAUUUGCCCCGAUACGCCGGACCUACCAAUUGGCGCGUCUACAUGAACAGUUGCAGACAGCUACUAACGGUGGGCGUUCCAACAUUUUCAAAGUUGUUGGCUACGGUUCGCAAAAGCUGCCGGAAGGCCAUGGCGACAUCAACAUAGACAUGGAAGAUGCUCCAGGAGAGCCUGACCUGAUGAUGAGCGCGAGGCGCACAUCCAGUUUCAGCAUGUCGAAUGCUUCGAGACGCCCGUCAGUCGCAAGCCGCGCUUAG